AUGGAGUUUCCCUCGGGUCUCCGCAGUCUCUCGCUUGUGCUCUUAGUAGCUUCAUCAGCAUUUGCCUCCGUGCUGCAGCGCCGGGACCCGGUCCCAGAUGGCUAUGUCGCUGCCCCGUAUUAUCCGGCGCCCUACGGCGGCUGGUCCGAUGAGUGGAGUGACAGCUAUGCGAAAGCCGUCGACAUGGUAUCGAAUAUGACUUUGGCCGAGAAGGUUAACAUCACUGCUGGACCCUGUGUUGGAAAUACCGGCAGCGUACCUCGUUUAGGCUUCCCGCAACUAUGCUUGCAAGAUGGACCACUGGGCGUUCGAACCACUGACAACAUCACCGCCUUCCCAGCGGGAAUCACGACCGGAGCUACAUGGGAUAAGGAUCUCAUCUACCAGAGGGGCGUCGCGAUAGGCAAAGAGUUCCGAGGCAAGGGCGCCAACUUCUAUCUCGGUCCGGUGGUUGGUGCGCUCGGCAGAAAGCCCAGAGGAGGGCGAAACUGGGAGGGGUUCGGCGCGGACCCUGUGCUUCAAGCCAUCGCAGGAGCUGAGACCAUUCGAGGAGCUCAGGAGCAAGGUGUCAUCGCCACGCUGAAGCAUCUGAUCGGAAACGAACAGGAGCUCUACCGCAUGUACAACCUCUUGCAGCAGGCUUACAGCUCGAACAUCGAUGACCGAACAUUGCAUGAGCUGUAUCUCUGGCCAUUCGCUGAGGGUGUCCAUGCCGGUGUGGGCUCAAUCAUGACAGCGUACCCUGCUGUCAACGGAUCCGCCGACUCCCAGAACAGCUACUUGAUCAAUGGUCUUUUGAAGGAGGAACUUGGCUUCCAAGGUCUGGUCAUGACCGACUGGCUAGCUCAGAUUUCAGGAGUCGCCUCCGCUCUAGCUGGACUCGACAUGUCGAUGCCUGGAGACACCAUUGGCAACAACAUUCCCCUAACCGGACUUAGCGACUGGCAGUACGAGCUCACCCGAUCUGUCCUGAACGGUUCCGUGCCUGUCGACCGCCUGAACGACAUGGCGACCCGAGUCGUCGCCACUUGGUAUCAGCUCGGCCAGGACCAGGACUAUCCGCCUCCGAACUUCUCGUCCAACACGGCAGACGCCGUCGGGCCAUUAUACCCAGGUGCCGUCGUCUCUCCCAUAGGCGUCGUCAACCAGUACGUCAACGUGCAGGAUGACCACUGGAAGGUAGCCAAGCAGGUGGCACAAGAGGCGAUCACACUCCUGAAGAACAACGGGAGCAUGUUGCCGCUGUCAACGUCUUCAUCACUCUUCGUGUUUGGCACCGACUCUCAAGCUGACCCUAACGGUAUCAACUCGUGCACGGACAAGAGCUGCAACCACGGCCUGGUGGGCAUGGGCUGGGGCUCGGGCAGCGCCAACUAUCCAUACCUCGACGACCCCAUCAGCUCGCUGCGGCGCAAGGCCACCAACGUGACGUACUAUGAUACUGACACGUUCCCAAGUGUGGAGACGCCCACCGAAGAUGAUGUGGCUAUUGUGUUCAUCAACUCGGACUCGGGCGAGAACUCGUACACCGUCGAAGACAACCACGGAGACCGCGAUGCCGAUGGUUUGGCGGCAUGGCACGGCGGCGACACGCUGGUGCAAAAUGCCGCGGCGGAGUACAGCAACGUCGUCGUCGUCGUGCAUACAGUCGGGCCCAUAACCAUGGAAUCAUGGAUCGACCUGCCCUCCGUCAAAGCCGUGCUCGUGGCGCAUCUCCCCGGUCAAGAGGCCGGCGACUCGCUGACAGAGGUCCUCUACGGCGAGGUGUCGCCCAGCGGCCACCUCCCAUACAGCAUCCCGGUCUCCGAGGACGACUACCCCGACAGCGUGGGCUUGGUAUCGACGCCGACUUUGUCGCAGAUCCAGGACACGUACUCGGAGGGCCUCUACAUCGACUACCGGUACCUGAACAAGGCGGGCACCAAGCCGCGCUUCGCCUUCGGCCACGGGCUCAGCUACGCCAACUUUUCGUUCUCCAACGCCACCAUCACACGCGUGACCGAGCUCUCCACGCUGCCGCCGGCCCGCGACCCGAAGCCUAUCUCCCCCGUCGCGGCCCUGAACACCACCCUCCCGCCCGCCGCCGAGGCCUACUACCCCGUCGGCUUCGUUGCGAUCUGGCGCUACCUGUACUCGUGGCUCAGCGAUAUCGAGGCCGACGCCGCGUACGCCAUCGGCGCUGCGGGCGAGGAGACUUAUCCCUACCCAGAGGGCUACUCGUCUGAGCAGCGCACCGACGUGACGGCUGCGGGCGGCGCGAGUGGUGGUAAUGCCGCGCUGUGGGACGUCGCCUACACCAUCUCCGUGACCAUCACCAACGAAGCCGCCGCGGCCUCUGCUUCGUCAUCGAACUCGAACUCGAGCUCGCCAAACACCAACGCCAAUACCAACGCCAAUACCAACACCACCGACACAACCGCCGCCGCCACUACCGCCUUCGCCGGUAAGGCCGUAGCCCAAGCCUACGUCCAAUUCCCGACGGACAUAUCCUACGACACGCCCAUCAUCCAGCUGCGCGACUUCGCCAAGACAGCCACACUAGCAGCAGGCGAGAGCGCGACCGUCGAGCUGACGCUCACGCGCAAGGACGUCAGCGUGUGGGACGUCAUGCAACAAAACUGGGUCGUGCCGAGCACCACGGGCCGCUACAGCGUGUGGCUGGGGCAGGCGAGCGACGCGCUGGGGACGGUGUGCUAUAGCGAUACGCUUUCUUGUGAGAGUGGUGUUGAGGGGCCUGUCUAA